GGGCAGUUUCAGAAGCUGGGUGGGGUCAUAAGAGACAAAGAGAAGGUGACGGACAUCACGCCUGGCCCUGUUGUGACAGUUUCAACCUCUGCUGGUGUUUAUCGAACCAAGAGCUUGGUGAUCACCGCUGGACCCUGGGCUAAUAAAUUGCUGUCCCACAUUGGAUUACAGUUGCCACUAGAGGUGCAGAAGAUCAACGUGUGCUACUGGAAAGAGAAGGUUCCUGGAACAUAUGACGUGAAUAAGCGCUUUCCCUGCUUCCUGCUGACUGAGGGCGAGGAGUCUGAUAGGCACAUCUACGGCCUCCCGUCCAACGAGUACCCCGGCCUGGUUAAG